GCGCCGAAUUCCAGUACCACGGUAUUUGCGGUGGUUUUGCAGCCGCUGAAUUCAGGUCCCGCGAUAUUUGCAGUGGCUUUGCAACCGCCGACUUCCAGCACCACGGUAUUUGCGGUGGUUUUGCAACCGCCGAAUUCCACCGCUGUAUUUGCGGUGGUUUCGCGACCGCCGAAUUCCAGUACCACGGUAUCUGCGGUGGUUUUGCAACUGCCGAAUUCCAGCACCACCGUAUUUGCGGUGGUUUUGCAGCCGCCGAAUUCCAGUACCGCGGUAUUUGCGGCGGUUUGCAACCGCCGAAUUCCAGUUUUGCAGCCGCCGAAUUCCACUCCCACGGUAUUUGUGGUGGUUUUGCAGGCGCCCAAUUCCAGCACCGCGGUAUUUGCGGCGGUGUUGCAACCGCCGAAUUCCAGUACCACGGUAUUUGCGGUGGUUUGGCAGGCGCUGAAUUCCAGCACCACGGUAUUUGCAAUGGUUUGGCGACCGCCAAAUUCCAGUACCACGGGAUGUGCGGUGGUUUUGCAAGCGCCGAAUUCCAGCACCGAAGUAGUUGCGGUGGUUUUGCAACCGCCGAAUUCCAGUACCACGGUAUUUGCGGUGGUUUUGCAGCCGCCGAAUUCCAGUACCACGGCGCAUGCAGUUGCGGUGGUUUUGCAACCGCCGAAUUCCAGCACCGCUGUAUUUGCGGUGGUUUCGCGACCGCCGAAUUCCAGUACCACGGUAUCUGCGGUGGUUUUGCAACCGCCGAAUUCCAGCACCACCGUAUUUGCGGCGGUCUUGCAGCCGCCGAAUUCCAGCCCCGUGAUAUUUGCAGUGGUUUUGCAGCCGCCGAAUUCCAGUACCGCGGUAUUUGCAAUGGUUUUGCAACCGCCGAAUUCCAGUACUACGGUGUUUGCGGUGGUUUUGCAUGCGCUGAAUUCCAGUACCACGGUACAUGCAUUUGCGGUGGUUUUGCAACCGCCGAAUUCCAGUACCACGGUAUUUGCGGUGGUUUGGCAACCGCCGAACUCCAGUACCACGGUAUUUGCGGCGGUUUGCAGGCGCUGAAUUCCAGUACCACAGUAUUUGCUGUGGUUUUGCAGGCGCCGAAUUCCAGUACCACGGUAUUUGCUGUGGUUUUGCAGCGUCCGAAUUCCAGCACCACGGUAUUUGCGGUGGUUUUGCAACUGCCGAAUUCCAGCGCCACGGUAUUUGCAACGGUUUUGCAACCGCCGAAUUCCAGCGCCACGGUAUUUGCAAUGGUUUUGCGACCGCCGAACUCCAGUACAAUCGGUAUUUGCGGUGGUUUUGCAACCGCCGAAUUCCAGUACCAUGGUAUUUGCGGUGGUUUCGCAACCGCCGAGUUCCAGUACCACGGUAUCUGCUGCGGUUUUGCAGCCGUCGAAUUCCAGUACCAUGGUAUUUGCGGCGGUAAAAUUUGUACUACGACUUAA